GCUGCUUCUGCGCAUGCGUGACGAGGGAAACAUGGCUGCGUUGUGUAGAGGGAUAACGCGACUGUCACCUGUGUUUCAGAUCCGCCAUGGGCUCUUUCGGGGCUACAGCGCUGCAGGCCCAUCAUAUCAGUAUAUUUUGGUGGAGCGCAAAGGGAAGAAUGAGAAUGUGGGUUUUAUACAGCUGAAUCGCCCCAAAGCCCUCAAUGCUUUGUGUGAUGGACUGAUGACCGAGAUUAACCAGGCUCUAGACUCCUUUGAAGGGGACCCUCAGAUUGGAGCAGUUGUUAUCACCGGCAGUGAGAAAGCCUUUGCUGCUGGGGCAGACAUUAAAGAGAUGCAAAAUAGAACCUUCCAAGAAUGUUAUGGAGGAGGCUUCCUGUCGCACUGGAAUCAUGUGUCCACUGUAAAGAAACCAGUCAUUGCAGCAGUUAAUGGUUAUGCGCUUGGAGGAGGCUGUGAGUUGGCCAUGAUGUGUGACAUUAUUUAUGCUGGAGAAAAAGCCCAUUUUGGGCAACCAGAAAUCUUGCUUGGAACAAUUCCAGGGGCAGGUGGGACUCAGAGGCUUACAAGAGUUGUUGGGAAAUCUCUGGCCAUGGAGCUAGUCCUUACUGGUGAUCGCAUAUCUGCUGAGGAAGCAAAGCAAGCAGGACUUGUCAGCAAAGUAUUCCCAGCAGACAAGGUUGUGGAAGAGGCAAUCUGUUGUGGGGAAAAGAUAGCCAGGAACUCUAAACUAAUUGUGGCAAUGGCCAAGGAGGCUGUUAAUGGAGCAUUUGAAUUGUCAUUGUCCGAAGGAAAUCGUCUCGAGAAACGACUUUUCCAUUCCACGUUUGCUACGGAUGACCGAAAGGAAGGAAUGACUGCAUUUGUGGAGAAAAGGAAAGCAACUUUUACAGAUCAGUAAACUAUCCUGUAGAAUAUGCAGAUCAAUCUGAAAUAUUGAAGCCAAUGAAAGUGCUAUCACACAGAGCCUUAAUUUUAUCAAGGAAAAGCACAUGGGAGGUAGUAAGCAGCCGAGGAUGAUCUAUUUGUAAUAUAGGUAUUCAGGAAACUGACUAUUACCUUCCAUACGAUGUGUGGUUCUAGUUGGUGCCUAAGACAUGAAAGCUGUUUCUACAGAUCUGUACCCUGGUAAAUGUAAUUGUAAAUCAACGGGAAUGUAAUGUUACAAAGUCCAUUCUAUGUUAAUAAAUAAUCUUUC